AUGAGUGCCGUCCUCAAGAGGUGGGUGCAUGAACUUGUGUUGGAUGAAGAGUGUCUCGAAGCUUUCGUCCAGGGAAAAAAAGAUACGAUGGAGCUGCUUCUGCAGGAGCGGGGGGAGGAAGUCCAAAUUACCCAGAAUGUCCUGAUUACAGCUGCCAGCAGUGCAAAUGAUCUACAAACAAUGAGGCUCCUGCUAGACAGGCGGAAGCCCGGAACACAAAUCAAUAGAGAGGUGCUUUUAGCUGCUGCAAAAAACGAUUCAAAGAGCAGUGCGAUCAUGGAUAUGUUGCUCGAUGAGUGUGGGCAGGACAUCGUCAUUGAUGACGAAAUCAUUCAAGAGAUUGCAAAGAACUUUGAUGAAGGCUUGGAAAUGAUGAAGUCUCUCAUCUGCAGACAGCAAGCGGGUUUUGUGGUCACUGAGCGGAUAUUAUGCAAUGCUGCUCAAUAUCACGGUCGACAAAUGCUGGAGCUCCUGGUGAACAAUGCCAGUGGCUCUGACCUUCCCAUCACAGAGAAGAUCUUACGCUCUGUAGCUGAAAAUGAUGAUCAUGGUCGAGCCUUGAUAGAGUAUCUGUUUGAGCUCCGAGGCCACAGUCUUCCCGUCUCAGAGGAUGCAUUAGUAUUUGUUGCUGAUGCAAGGUGUCACAAGACGGACGAGGUGCUCAUGUUCCUUUUAGAGAGAUGGCCUGAUAUCCCGGUAACUGAUCGACUGUUCGAAGCGUCAUGUAUCCACCAUAAUGCCAUGAGUCUCCUAUUGGAUCAACGGGGUGACUACCUUCCAAUCAAAGCAAUGAUCCGCAAAAUAGCAAAAGCACCUGUGUGGACAAGGAGAGAAAAGAUACUAGACCUGCUUCUAGAUCGGCAGCUUGUGGAAGUGGAUGAGUGGCUGGUGGAAACAGUCGCUGAUAACCACAUUCUUCUGGAGGUUAUUUACCAGAGAAUUCCGGAUUUCCCAGUGACACCAGAGGUAGUUAUCAACGCUACAAGCAACAGCGAUGCAAUGAGUAUCGUGCUUGACAGACAGAAGAAUCAAGUCGUGAUCACAGAGGAAGUGCUCAAAGCUUCAUUGUCGGGAUGGAGAUCUUACUCAGUCAUCCGCUUACUCCUGACUCGCCUGGAUCCAAGCGCAGUGCCGAUUACAGAGGAUAUCCUGAUAUAUGCUAUCAAAAAUGAUAAUUUCCUGCAUAAUAAUAUCAGGGCUCUAGAGUUGUUUUUAGAACAACGCCGUGGCCUCAACCUUAGCAGGGUCUGGGAAGCAAUAUGGCAGAAUCCUGAAAUCGAACCAUUUUCUCUGACUCUGGCAGCAGAGGCUCUUUUUCAAUAUGCUAGGCUUGAUGUCUCGGGUGAAAUGCUGGAGAGACUCUCAUCUGAGUCCGGGUCGUGGUUUUACCCCUUUGAUAAUUUCGUCCGCUGCUGUAUGCAGUACCAGAUACCGUUACCCACCACCGAGGCAGCAGUCGAGUUGUUUGUUGAAAGAGCCAGCUUGAAAACGAUCGAUAUAUACUUGGAGGAUAAUCCUGACAUCGCCAUUACCGAGAAACAUAUUGAAGCUGCCAAGAGGAAUCCGAUAGCAGACGUGGAUAACGAUGAGUUGGUUUCACUUCUACUGUCUGUCAAGUCGAGGGUAGCCUCAUCUUGA